CACAGCAACACCGGGCGGCUGCGUCAGGAGGACACACUCCACUCUGCGCAAUUACGCGGACUCCUUAACUGGCACAGUGAUGAGAGGAGAAGAAACGGCUUCUUUUUUUGCGGCUCCUGAAGCUCACAAGGUGGAAAUGGACUUUUGAUCGGCCUGGCCACAUCAUCCAGAGGACUUGCUUCGAGCGCUUCACUGCAGUCCAGGGUAGAACAACUGUGACUGUUAUGAUAUGAUUAUUACACACGUGCUCUGAGCACAGCUUCGCAUCGGCGUCUUACAAAGAAGACUUCUUUUUUUUUUCUUUUUCUUUUUAAAUAGCUUUCUUUCUUCUCUAAAAUUGGCUCCCGUACAAACCGCCGCGUUGGAUCCCUCGGCGUACUGCGAGACUCCGGUGUACAACCCGGAUCUCUGCCCCAAUAUGAUCGCUGCGCAGGCGAAGUUGGUGUAUCACCUCAACAAAUACUACAACGAGAAAUGCCAGUCUCGGAAGGCAGCCAUCUCCAAGACCAUCCGGGAGGUGUGCAAGGUGGUGUCGGACGUCCUGAAGGAGGUGGAGGUGCAGGAGCCCCGCUUCAUCAGCUCCCUCAGCGAGAUGGAUAACCGCUUCGAGGGGCUGGAGGUCAUCUCGCCCACCGAGUUCGAGGUGGUGCUCUACCUGAACCAGAUGGGAGUGUUCAACUUCGUGGACGACGGCUCCCUCCCGGGCUGCGCCGUGCUCAAGCUCAGCGACGGCCGCAAGAGGAGCAUGUCCCUGUGGGUGGAAUUCAUCACCGCCUCCGGCUACCUCUCGGCGCGCAAGAUCCGCUCCCGGUUCCAGACGCUGGUGGCGCAGGCAGUGGACAAGUGCAGCUACAGAGACGUCGUCAAAAUGGUCGCCGACACGAGCGAGGUGAAGCUGCGCAUUCGAGACCGAUACGUGGUGCAGAUCACGCCGGCGUUCAAGUGCACCGGCAUCUGGCCCCGCAGCGCGGCGCACUGGCCCCUGCCGCACAUCCCCUGGCCGGGGCCCAACCGAGUGGCCGAGGUCAAGGCGGAGGGAUUCAACCUCUUGUCCAAAGAGUGCUACUCGCUGAACGGCAAGCAGAGCUCGGCGGAGAGCGACGCCUGGGUGCUGCAGUUCGCCGAGGCCGAGAACCGGCUGCUGCUGGGCGGCUGCAGGAAGAAGUGCCUGUCGCUGCUCAAGACGCUGCGCGACCGCCACCUGGAGCUGCCCGGGACGCCGCUCAACAACUACCACAUGAAGAGCUUGGUUUCCUACGAGUGCGAGAAGCACCCCCGGGAGUCGGACUGGGACGAGAACUGCCUCGGCGACCGCCUCAACGGGAUUCUAUUGCAGCUCAUCUCGUGUUUGCAGUGCCGGAGGUGUCCGCACUACUUCCUCCCCAACUUAGACCUGUUCCAAGGGAAGCCGCACUCGGCGCUGGAGAACGCGGCCAAACAGACUUGGCGCCUGGCGAGAGAAAUACUGACCAACCCCAAAAGCUUGGAGAAACUCUGAGGUAAAGGAAAGAAAGAGAGAAAGAAAGGGGAGAUAGUUGACCUCGUCUUUAAAUGUGUGGCCAUGGACCGGACAGACAGAGAGAGAGAGAGAGAGAGAGAGAGAGAGA